UUGCAGGGGAGUGGAGAGUGGAGUAAUUCCAGCUCUCUUUAAAACAACUUCUCAGCACGGAAUCCGUCCCGGAGUUUGGCACCGGAGUCCCCCGACUAUCUGUGCUCCAGCUCGGGACUCUGCAGGAGGGAUUACUGCAGAAAUCACCGUGUGGAGGAUUUAAUAUUUGGAGGUGAGAGAAAGGGGAUCUUUACGCGUCAGUUCAAGGAGAAACUCUUUGGAAAACUUUUGGAUUAAUGUUCCCAAAUGCGCUCCUCGUCCUCUGACCCCGCUCCUGCAGAAGGUCUAACUAUGGUUUGUGGGUUGUGUGCUGGAUCUCCGGAGCGUCGGGGAGCUGGAGGCUUUGUGAGAGGGUUGGCACAAGUUGUGGCUUAAUUGAGUUUGGCGACAGGCGGGUCAGUGUGCAUACUGCGUGUAAAAAGCCUUCUUCUGCAGAUGUUGUUUCAUGGUUGAUAUCACCUGUCUAAUGCUGCAGGAGAGCCAGGACACGGUGACCACCGCAUGUUUUACGCACCGUGCCCAAACCCUGGGUCCUGCGCUUCGUGCGUAAAUCCAUGUGGCAUCUCCCGAGACCCACCCGGGGCCGACAGGACGCAUCCAAAACUGUCUAGGUUUGUCGUAUGUUCAAGUCCAAACGCUCAGGUCUUGUACGGCGACUCUGGAGAAGCCGUCUGGUCACCGACAGCGACGGGCGGGAUGGAAGCAGACGAGGUGAGGGAGGACGGAACCGGCUCUCCAAGAAGCUCCACAGGUCGGUGACGCACACUGACCCGGCUCCGGGACUCACUGGGGAGGCUGGAGAGAGGGAGGAAGAAGAGGAGCAGCAGCCAGAGGAUGACCGGGGAGCCAUGUGCGUCCCGGAGCACAGAGGCUCCCGGCGGGGACAGGAGCUCGACAGCAGGACGGUGACGUGUUGUUUGUUUGGGGAAUGGGAUCUCAGACCUCGGAGUCCUUAUUGGGCCCCGAGAAAAGACGGAGGGGCCGCUUGUCAGAGGCACACGGGGCUGGAGGAGGAACUGGCCAGCACUGCUCAUGCUUUUUUGAAAAGACUGAAGGAGAGAUCUCUGGAUGCUUUGGUGAAGGCUGUGGAGAGCAGAGGAGGGAUACCCAGCGAGUGCGUCAUGGUGCCCGGCUCUGAGCUGCGGCUCGGUGCGCAUCUCGCCUCUCCACAGGGCCUCCUGGCUCAGGUGUACCGCUGGAGCGACCUGCCGCUGUCUGCACGGCUCAAAACACUCAGCCACUGCCAGAGCUUUGGCUCAGAGGACGGUGCAAAGGUGUGCUGCAACCCCUAUCACUACAGCCGCCUAUGUGGGCCAGAUUCACCUCCUCCCCCAUACUCUUUGUCUCGUUCGGAUGAACACAAGCCACUGGACUCUACUCUGUCUUACACUGAAACUGUGCCCCCCCUCUCCCCCAAUCCGCCUCACGUUACGCCACGAGACUACACAGACACUGGUACCUCCAUCGGCUCCUCGACUUCCAGCGGACAUCGCUCUCACUGGUGCAGCGUUGCCUACUGGGAGCAGCGUACGCGCGUGGGUCGCCUCUAUCCAGCCUACGAGCCCUCGCUCAACAUCUUCUAUGACCUACCUCAGGGCACGGGCCUCUGCCUGGGCCAGCUCCACGCCAACGCCUACCACAGCCGCCGGGACGACCCGGGCAGCCACGGCACGUCGAGUAAUCACGGACACCCCAGCUAUGGAAGUGGAGGAAACGGCGGCGGCAGCAGCAGCAGCGGCGUGCAGCAGAUACGCAGUAAAAUCGGCUACGGCAUCGUGCUGAGCCGGGAGCCGGACGGAGUGUGGCUGUACAACCGCAGCCAACAUCCGGUGUUUGUCCACUCGCCCACUCUGGACCCGCCCAGGGCCCGCGGGCUGAGUGUGAAGAGGGUGAUGCCGGGCUUCUCCCUCAAGGUGUUUGACUAUGAGCGCUCCAGCUGGAUGGCGGAGCACGGCGUGAAGCCCGAGUGCCAGGAGGGGCCCUGGGACCCCCACAGUGUUCGCAUCAGUUUUGCUAAAGGUUGGGGCCCCUGCUACUCCAGACAGUUCAUCACCUCCUGUCCGUGCUGGCUGGAGGUGCUGCUCAACAACCACAGAUAGCACACGGACAUGCAGACUCAAAUGAGGUUUUUCCAGACCCGGUAUCCCUAAUUGUAAUCUACCUAGAUUUAAUAUAAAAUUUAUAUAUUAUAUAAAAUAUAUUAUACAUGUAAAUACUUACAGUCAUUUUUACAAUGCAAUUAUUUAUGUAUAGUGUAAUGUGUAUAUGAACAAAACAAAAAAAGGAACAAGAAUAUGCACUUUUGCUUCUAUAUAUGCAUUACAGUUUCUCAGUGUCAUUUUGCAAAUAUAAACUGUAAAAAUAAGACAAACCUGGUUUAUGUUCUCAUGAUUUAGCGAUUCCAUCAAAAAGUG